ACUGCCUACCUCUCUCAAUAGCUUACCUGAGACCCAAACGAUCCUUUACUCAAAGCUGGGAUACUAUUCUGGUCGUCGUAUUAUAACCGCUUCUCUUUUUGUGUAUCUGGAUAUUUCACUGAUUAGAAGAAGCAAAUGCACGAAUCCAAACACCCCUUGUUCAGUUUACAUUUUUGAGUUCGAGAGGCCAGGUUUCCGAGAGGAGAACGACUUGGCAACUCGGGCUGAAAAGAUGUCUGUUGAAUAGACAGGAAGCAAUGUUUAAACUUUGCUCAAUUCUCUGGACAGCUGUUAGAAAUCAACGUUUACUCUCCCAUCCCUCUCCACAUAUGGAUCUCAGGAGAAAACGGGCCGUGACUGGCCGCUUUGUGCAAGACCAAUGGGCACAUCUGAGGACUGACCUACCCACCUUUUUAGGGCAUGUGUUGACUUCAUGUGUCAGUUAGGGGAAUGGACACAAGUCCUGUCAGGAAUUGCAGCAGAUGAAAUGGAAAAUGAUUAAUAACUGAUACUUUUAUAACGUUUUCGUCUUCCUCAUCUAGCCUAUUUUUUUAAUGUAAUUUUCUCAUAUCCAGAUUACACUUCAAAUCCAGAUUUAAAAAAACUUUCAAUACCAUAAUAGGUUUUUAGUAACCAAAUCUUACGAAAUCUUAUUGCCUAGAUUAGAAAGCAGCUUGAAAGACGAUGCAGCCACGAUAUAACUGUGGACAGUCGCCAUGGUUACAUUUCUGACAACAGAAUGCUAGACAGUGAAGCUGGCUACUUGAGUUAGCUAGGCAGGUUUCUCAUAAACUCAUUACAAUUGUAGACUAGCUCGCUAAUACUUUUUUUUGCAUUGGCAUUCUACCAUUGAAAACAUGAGUACAUUGGAUAUCUCUGUGGAAGAGGAACCAUCUGGAAAGUGUUUGCUGCAUAAUUGGGUAGAGGAGAGGGCCACAGCUGCUCUGGACACGGAACAUUCCAGAUCUCAGAUCCACAAACAUGGACACAGAGGGAUUCUCAGCGUGGACCUGUCGUCAAGAGUCGAAGGAGACACCACAGUGAAAACAGACUUCACCCCUCCCAAGAGCACAGGGGUGAGACUGAGGGGCAUAAGAGGUGAACUUUUGGAAAAACAGCUCUACAAGGAAAUAAGUAAGCAGACGCUCACGGAGUUCCACCCGCAGUCUACGAAAACAGAGUUCUGCUCGACCACUCAGAAAGACUUCCACAUGGAGGGCUUCCGGUCUCACCUUCCAAAGCCCACAGGGGAGCAUGAUUACAAAAGAGACCAGGCAAUUUCCUUUUGGAAUGAGAAUCAUUCACGAGUACAGGGAGUGACUCCAGUGAGGACCAGAGACUCUCCAUUCAAGAAGAACUCCAGUUUCAGCACCCCUACCAUUCAUCAGCUCCACCCUCCUGGGUUGGACGCAAGCGACUACUAACCCAGCUUUGUAGACACGUCACACAACUGACUAACUGUGAUAUGUAAAUGAUAUUUUCCCUCUGUGAU